AUGGUCGACAACGCGCCCCCAAACAGCACCAGCGGCGGGGGACUUCUCUCAAAACUUCACAAGUUCGCGUACUUCGCCAGCUUCCUCUACGCCUGCAUAAUUCUGCUGCUCGCUACGCCGUUCUUCCAGCGACAUGCGAUAUACCAACACGCCGUCAGGAUACCAUGGGGUGCCCAGUUUGACUUGCCGGAGAAGUACGGGCUUGCACCGGGGAAGACCCUGAACUUCAAGCUCACGACGCCCGACAAUGUGACCAUCGGGGCCUGGUUUGUUCUGUCAGAGCCUAUCUUCCAGAACCUCCGUGCAGCUUCGUCUACACCGCUCGGGCAACCCUCUGCGCAAGUUGUCCAAGAAGCUCUGCGCACAAACCCCACCAUCCUCUACUUCCACGGAAAUGCUGCAACGCGAGCUGCACCCAUGCGCAUCCACCACUACUCCUCGUUCACCUCGCGACUGCGCGCGAACGUCCUUGUCAUCGACUACCGGGGCUUCGCCGACAGCGAAGGCAUUCCAUCUGACACUGGACUCACUGAGGACGCGAAGACAGCAUGGCGCUGGCUGCUUGACCAGGGUGCAAAGCCAGAGGACGUUAUGCUUGUCGGCCAUAGCUUGGGGACGGGCGUGACGACGAGGCUGGCGACGUGGCUUGCGCGCGAGGGCGUCAAGCCGCGCGGCGUAGCGCUACUCGCGCCUUUCACGAAUCUAGCGUCUGCCGUGCAAACGUACGAUAUAGGGGGCUUCCCUCUACUGCAGCCAUUGCAGAGCUUUGCCAUCGGACGAAAACUACUCAAGAAUCUCAUCCACCACGAGUUUGACACGCUCUCUGUGGUCCAGGAUAUCAACGUGCCCCUGCUUAUCGCCCACAGCCAGAACGAUCUGGACAUCCCGCAUUCUCACUCCCGCACCCUGCUCGACGUCCUCCUGGACCCGCAUCUGCCCUCUUCUCCUAUCUCCUUGCCCGCGACUCCUGAUCAGAUCUUAGGCUCUGCAGACUACGCCACGUAUAUCGAGACACAGAAGCUGCGUCGCGAGAAACGCAGCGAGCUCGUGCGAAAGCUCGAGGUGCCGACUUUCGGCGUCAUCGAAGAGUUCGAUGGGACGGCCGGGAAGGUGGUCUAUGUGGAGACGUUCUGGGGCGCGCACAACGACGUGGGCUUGCAAGAGGGCGUGCAAGAUAUCAUCGCGAGCACGUUCCGCCUUGGUGUUCAUUUGUAG